UCAGGGAAGCGUUCGUCCGAAUAUCGUGUCUGAUCGUACUCAUGUUGUGCCAACGGGCUUUGUGGAUUGCGGCGGUUGUGCUGUUAUCAGCAGCAUACUGCGAUGGUCUCUUCUGUUACGUCUGCCAAUUUGCAGGCGAACAAGAGAGCAGCUGUUUGACUAAUCCGACAAGCAUUGAGCUCCGGGACUGUCCCGCCGCCAGAUACUGUACAACCAAACGUAUGCAGUACGCAGAGGGAGGUGCGCUUUACGAUUUCGCGCGCUUGUGUGACGUGAGCACUCCGAUAGUUUUGAACGGGACGGUCUCUGAUUCACAUUUCAUCACGCACCACACGGCAUGCAACUGGGACAGGUGUAACUCCGGUGACGGCAUAUGGAGGGGCUCGGGUGGCAACAACCCUUCUUUGGGCGUUCCGGGCAAGGGCUUUGGCAGCGCAGCUGUCGCUAGGGCCUCCGUCGCAUGGAUGAUGACCUUUGCAAUGAUUGGGGCGCUGGCCGCGAGACGCCUUGGGUGAUGUUGAACAUCAUUACGCAAUGCCUUCCAACUUCGACUAAUGUAUUAUAGUAUUAGUAUUAUAUCAAUAGGGCUGUCCGUGACCGUUAGAAAUGAACUUAAUGACUAGUGAUUGGGUACACCUACGAAUACCUCGGUGCUUAGCAUUUGUUCUGUUAUUGUUGUUGUUAUUAUUGUUAUUAAUAAUAAUAAUAAUAUAUUAAGCAUUUACAGAAUUACAAAGAAAGCUAUUCGAUUAUGUUUUUGUAUGCGCUAUAAGUAUUUCUGAAUACUGUGGAUUAAGCUCAUCUACCAUGUAAGGUUUCCUUAAUUUCUAAUUGUCACGGAUUGCCAUGCUAAUACUACGAAAUUCACAUUAAACAUCAUCUUGUUUACCAGCUUCAUUUCCUUUUUAUUUUAAAAUAAACACUAACUUUACCUAGUAAUUCCACGAGGGCGAGUGGAUCUGUUCAUUAAUAAAUUGAUAAAUAAAUAAAAACCGAAAUAAUAAAGAAUAACAAGCAUUUCAUUUUUCAGUUGUAGGGCGUGUAAUGCUUAAAAAUAAAACAAAUAAUAUCUAAAAAUUGUUAAUGUAGUAAAUUCCUUUGCUGUGCGCACUGUGUGUUUGAAACUGGCUACUCUCCAUGUGUGGCUAGACUCCCUUGAAUUUUAGUCAUGCAAUAUACCUGACGAUCAAGUGUGAACAAGGGCUUCUGAAGGAAUUUAUUUAAACAAUGUAUAUAUAACCUG